UUUUGUACAUAUCGCCUGUUAAGGUCGGAUUAAAGUUUGAAUAGUUUAAAGAAUAUGCGUGUUAUUUUUUAACAUGAUGAUAUUUAUUAUUGCGUCGAUAAUAUUGUGUCUUAUUAAUGUGUGGUUUUGUUCGAGCUGUCCACCCGGAAAAUAUGGUGCCGGCUGUAACAAUACCUGCAAAAAUCCUCAUUGUUUCUGCACUAAUGAGUUAACCUGUGAUGGGUGUGAAGACGGGUUUUUUAACGUAAGUCGAAAUUGCGCCCAAAAUUGUGUUUCUCCGACAUGUACGUGUUCCAAAUACUAUGAGUGUACCGGGUGUAAGGAAGGAUAUUAUGGAAGACAAACUAACUGUAUCCAGAAGUGUUCUUCUGCAUGUAAUGGAAAUAUAUGCAAUGAUAACGGAACGUGUGACAUUGCAUGUAAGACUGGUUUUACAGGAAACAUAUGCGAGUCGUGCGUAGAAGGCAAGUAUGGAGACACCUGCUCUAUGCAAUGCAGCCGAGGCUGUGAGGGGAUCAUUUGUAAUUCAACAGACGGAUCAUGCAACUGCAGCAGUAAUUUUACUGGUGAAAAAUGUGAGUCUUGCAUUGAGGGUCGAUACGGAAUAAGCUGUUCUAGAUCAUGUAGUCCUGGCUGUGUACGAGGUAUUUGCUCUUCUAGCAAUGGCAAUUGCGAAUGUAAAGAAUAUUACAAAGGCGAUACCUGUGACGUUUGUAUUGACGGGAGGUACGGUGACCACUGUUUGAAUAUAUAUUACGCAGAUAAACCAAACGUUGGUGCGGCUGUUGGUGGGACAGUUAGUACGGUUCUUGUAGUGGUAGCGGUUGUCGUUAUUAUCAUCAUUUUUAAACGAAGACACAACUUAUGCUGCAAAAAGCCACGAGGUGAACAACAACUCAGCGAAGAUAUACAUACACCACAGCCAGUUUUGUACGCUACAGUGCAGGAAAACAGACCCGCCCAGCAAAUGGAGACCGGGCCUGGACAUAUGGCUCAAAAACCUCACACUUCAUUUACCGAACAUCAUACUGCGACCAGUAACACAUUGUACGAAGAAAUUUCAUUCGGUUCACAUGAUUCAAACACUGUACAAGAAAAUGUCCAACAGGAAACCGGACAAAAGGGAAAUGUGGAAUCACAACAUGUUGAACUGUCUAUGGUAGAGAAUACUGCUGAAUAUGCUAUCAUUGAACUCGGUGGAAAUGGACUUUUGAGUAAACAAUAGGUUUUCUUUUUUUGUAUAUUAUCUCAGAUUGCAUGUUUUCUUUAUUAUUGUUAACAUUAUUAUGUUUGUAUUUAUAAGAUAAUAUUGUUAAAAAUAUGUUGAAAUGUUGAAAAAAAACAAAAACAGAUUUGUUCUGUGUGUUAUCUAUUCUAUCUUCUCAACAUGUACAUGAUGAACAUACAAAUAUUGAUAACGUUAUAAAUCUUGAGAAAACAUUUGAGUUUGAGUGGCUGUGUUCAUUAGCUAUCUUAAGUCAUUUCCUUAAGUAAGUGGAUUUUUUUAAUUAUCUUCCUAAAACUGUUGUUUUUCUACAUUAAAGUAUUAUCAUGCUAUUAUUUUGAGUGUCAAGGAACA